UUUAAAAGUAUUGGGGUAUAAAUUCAAACAAAUAGCAAAGUUGAGGGACGUGUGUGUAAUACAUAUUUAUAUAUAUUAUAUAAAUAUAAUUUAACCUUUGUUUUAUCUUAGAAACCGCAGUGGGGCCGGAAAAAUUAGCUGAAAAUAUCUUCACUGCAAUCGACCGGAACUUUUCGCUGGUCUGAAAAUGGAGAGUAUAGGAGUUGCAAUGACCACUCCAAUGUUCAGUUAUCUUGAACAACAGCUUGAACGACGCUUCAACCUCUUCAAGCUUUGGAACCAUCCUCUCGACUCCGAUUUCCUUCAAGAAAACGCCCAAUCAAUCAGAGCAGUAGUCGGCUGCACCAAGUCCGGCGCCGACGCAAAUUUGAUUGACUCUUUACCCGCUUUGGAAAUCGUAGCGACCUUCAGUGUCGGAUUGGACAAGAUUGAUUUGCCCAAAUGUAUGGAGAAGGGGAUAAGGGUUGUCAAUACACCCGACGUAUUGACUGACGAUGUCGCCGAUGCUGCAAUUGGACUGGCCAUGGCGGUUUCGAGGAGGAUUUGUGAGUCUGAUCGGUUCGUCAGAAGUGGAUCGUGGACGAAAGACGGUUUCAGAUUGGCAACGAGGUUCAAUGGUAAGUCAGUUGGCAUUCUUGGGUUGGGAAGGAUUGGUUCAGCCAUUGCCAAAAGAGCAGAAGCAUUUGGUUGCCCCAUCGGUUAUUUCACUAGGCGUAAAAUGCAUCAAAGUGGUUACAAAUACUUUCCCAGCGUCUUAGACUUGGCUGCAAAUUCCCAGAUUCUGUUUGUGUCAUGCACUCUGACGGAAGAAACUAAGCACAUUGUCAAUCGAGAAGUAAUUGAUACAUUAGGACCAAAUGGCAUUCUCAUCAAUGUUGGACGAGGGGCUCACAUCGAUGAAUCUGAGCUUGUCUCAGCACUACUUGAAGGUCGUUUAGGUGGAGCAGGGCUAGAUGUGUUUGAAAACGAGCCCCAUGUACCUGAACAAUUGCUUGAGCUUGAAAAUGUCGUUCUACUGCCUCAUGUAGGAACGGAUACCAUUGAGACCAGCAUCGCAAUGGCAGAUCUUGUGAUUAGCAACUUGGAGGCACAUUUCAGGAAUGAGCCUCUGAUUACUCCUGUGAUUUGAUUUUGACAUACUUUUAGACAUCUCCUGGUAGUCAUUGAAACUUUUGAGCUAGGGCGUUAAUCUUAUUGGUGUUUUAUGGUUCCUUUUGUUUCCCAGAAUGACCGUUGUCAAGCAUUCUUUGGGAUUGAAAAUGAAAACUACGUUCAUUUCUCAUUCAAGCUGGCCCCUUAUUUAUCAGUAGGUCUUGUUAGGGGUCUCAGUUUGUAAAUAUGACUCCAAUUGACAAGUCUUGGAUAAUUUGUGACCAUAUCGAUCAACAAGGAGACUGCCUGUAAUUGAUUUUAUUUACUCAAUAA